AUAAAUCCUAGUUACGAUUUUUCCUCCCCUUCUAAAUUCUGAAUCAGUCCUUUGGAAACAUUCCCUACAACCGUUAGGAUACCUGCAAAGGUGAAAACCCACAGGACGAUGUUUAGUUGCUCCUGAACGCUAGUCAAGAGAACAUUACGUAGUUAUUAUCACACUAAUUACAAGACUAUAUUUGUAUUCUAACUUGACAACGUUUGAAGGUACGUUCUUACUUGAAUGACUUCACGAUUAAUAUUAAUAUCCCUAUCGAAAUAUAUGUAAAUAUAUCAUUUUUAUAACGCGUACAAAAUAUUUGAGCUUCUGAUAUUUUCAGAAGAACGUUAUAAUAAAAUAAAUAUCUAUUGAAAAUGGGUCGAAAGAAAGCUAAACGAGAAGCGCUACAAAAAAACAAAACGAUCGUACCUAUGGAUAUACGAUUCACGUGUCCAGUUUGUAAUCAUGAGAAGUCGUGUGAAGUUAAAAUGGACAGACGUCGAAACACAGCAAGAAUUUCAUGUCGAAUUUGUUUAGAAGAUUUCCAAACCAAUAUUAACAUGUUAUCAGAACCAAUUGAUGUGUACAACGAUUGGACCGACUCCUGUAAUGCUACUAAUCGCACAACAUAGAAAAGUUUGACCUUCUUCCUUUUUUACAUAAUUGACUUGUUGUAUAAACUAUAUAUUUGAUAUGUACCAACGAUCUUUUUUAAUCAUGAAAGCAAUAAUUUUAAUCAAUAAAGUAUGAAUGAUAUUUUAUAAAUAUAUAUAUACAAUUAAUAAAUCUAUGUAAAAUGUUAAUUCAAAGAUACAACUGUUUUGUAGUAAAAAAAAUUGUAAAGAAUAUAAAUAUAUUACUAAUGAGAACUUAAAAACGUUAUUAUAUGAACGAAAUCACAUAACUAUAUCGAACUUUGAUUGAUUUAUAUUUAUACCGAUGCAGUUACACAAAAUUUUAUUAUUAUUCAAUUAAUAGAUCGAUAAAGUAACAUUUUGAAACACGCGCUUGAUCUGACUUUCUCGAGAUAAGAAAUGACGUUACUUUUAGCUACAUACAUACAUUGUUCACCGAUGUUUACCACUUAGCAGUAGAUAAGCAAACGCGCACGUUACGAUAAUAGCCUUUAAACGAAAUUCGAAGCAGUUUAUCUGUAUAGUGCAUAAAUUCUUUUGCUGAAGUACAUGAUAAUUAAUACUUUGCUCUUUUCUUUUACGAAAAGUGAAAAUUGCAUGUAAAAUCGCAACUAAUCUAGUUAAUUAUUUUCGAGCUGCGGUACGAGUAUUUCAUGAACUUGCAUGACGUUCGUUUUGGUCGUCAUCAUCCAAAAAUACCAAAAGACUUUAUCGUAUAAAGAUCGAUUAAUGUGCAACCGUAAAAAUUAAGCUGUUUAACUUAAUAUAAAAUUGUGUUUGACAUCGUUACAAUGGAUAAAA